CGUAAUAGUUCGUAACUCUUCCCCGUACCCCCCCUUCUCUCUCUCAUAUGCAAACAUCUCUCUCACUCUCCCCUUAUUUGUCAAUAUAAAGCAACAUCAGCUGCAGCACUGCAUUGCCUCAGUACUAUCAUUCUCAUUUCUCCAUCAAUCCACAAAUCCCACUCUUUCCUUCUCUAUCUCUCUCUAGAAAAUACUCUUUUCUUUCUCUCUCUUACCCAAAAAAAAAAAAAGUUAAAAUGGUGGUGUUAUCUCAUGUUGCAUUAGACCAAUUCAUGAAAACCUGCAAACCAAUAGACACACACUUAUUCCCUACAGUAAUCCCAACCAUUGACUUAAACUCUCCUGAUGUUAAAUCCCUGAUUGUUAAAGCUUGUAAGGAAUUCGGGUUUUUUAAGGUGGUUAACCAUGGCGUACCAAUUGAGAUGACGAGGCAAUUAGAAGAUGAAGCAAGUAAAUUCUUUAGUUUGCCUCAAGGACUUAAAGAAAGUGCUGGAAAUCCUAACCCCUUUGGUUAUGGUAACAAGAAGAUUGGUCGUAAUGGUGACGUCGGUUGGAUUGAGUAUCUUCUGUUAUCUGCUUCUGAUGAGUUCAUCUCACAGACUUGUCUCUCCAUUUAUCCGGAUAACCCUGAUGUUUUCAGGUGUGCUUUAAACAAUUACAUAUCAAAAAUGAAGAAAAUGGGGGUGAGAGUGUUAGAAACAAUGGCGGAAGGGCUGAAUUUGAAAGGAGAAGACAGGUAUGCGUUGAGUAAUCUGAUAAAAGAUAGCAAAAGCGACUCGUAUUUCAGGCUGAAUCAUUAUCCACCAAGGCCUGAGGCGUUUGAAGGCAUCAACGGUAGGAACUUGGUUGGAUUUGGAGAGCAUACAGACCCACAAAUCAUAUCUGUUCUUCGAUCAAAUAAAAUUGGAGGCCUCCAAAUCUCUCUCAAUGAUGGAACUUGGGUCUCUGUUCCACCUGAUGAUAACUCCUUUUUCAUACUCGUUGGGGACUCUUUGCAGGUGAUGACUAAUGGAAGAUUUAAGAGUGUGAAACACAGGGUUUUGGCUGACAACAUGAAAUCAAGAUUAUCAAUGAUCUUCUUUGCGGGCCCACCUUUAUGUCAAAAGAUAGCACCUUUACCUUGCAUUAUGCAAAAAGGAGAAGAAAGCUUGUACGAAGAAUUCACUUGGUGUGAAUACAAAAAAUCAGCUUACAAAUCUAGGUUGAGUGAGAAUAGGCUCUUACGCUUUGUAAAGAGAAAUCAUAACUAAUUAAUUAUGUCAUACUUACCCUAUAGUUCUAAGUGAUUAAGAUUUUGUAAAAUAGGUAAUUUACUUUCACCUCUGAAAAGAAUUAAUUAACUUUUAUUUCUUAAGUUAUC